AUGCCUCCGAAGGACAAGUACACCGACCCAGAGCUCCGCGACCAGGUCAAGGAGGAGAUCCAAGAGAGCGACAAAGGCGGCGCUCCAGGGCAAUGGUCUGCGCGCAAGGCUCAGAUGAUGGCCCAAGAAUACAAGAAGCGCGGCGGCAGCUACAACACCGACAAGUCCCAGCAGGACGAAUCGCAAAAGAAUCUCUCCAAGUGGUCGGAAGAGGAAUGGCAGACCAAAGAAGGUUCCGGCAAUGCGAAGCAGGAAGAUGGAACGGAGAAGCGGUACCUCCCGAAGAAAGCCUGGGAGAAUAUGAGUGAGAAGGAGAAGGAGGAGACGGAUGAGAAGAAGCAAGAAGAGUCCAAGGAGGGCAAGCAGUUUGUGCAGAAUACGGGGAAGGCGAAGCAAAGUCGGAAGAAGGCUAAUGAGGAGGAGAGUGAGAAGUAUGAGGAGAAGAAGGCAAAGGAGCAGCAGCAGAAUGGAGACGAGGAGGACGAAGAGGAAGAGGGUGAGGGUGAUGAUGCCGCCGAGGCAGACGACAGCGAGGAGGAAUACCAGGAUCCCAACGGGGACGGUGAGGACGACGAUGGCGAGGAAGAAGAUGAUGACCAGGAAGAUGAGGGCGAAGACGAUGCCGAGCAGGACGAAGAGGAUUCGAAACCCUCCGCCGGCCAAAAGCGCAAGCAGACUUCCAACGGUCCAUCUUCCAACAAGAAGCAAAAGCAGACCUCUUCGAACAAGAACGGCGGCAACGCACCCCCAGGCAAAGUCGGCUCCAAACACAUGAACGCCGAAGAACCCGCGCCUCGUGGCUCCGCAGACCGCUUGCCCAAGGAAGGCCAGCAGGUGACCUGGAAAGCGAUGCCCGGAUACGUUGACGGGAGUGUGGAAGAGAUCUUGAUGAAGGAGAAGGAGGUCGAGGGUAAGACGAUCAAGGCGAGCGAGAAGGAUCCGAGAUUGGUGUUGAAAUCUAACUCGAGCGGGAAGAUAUGUGUUCACAAGCCUGAGGCGUGUUUUUAUGAGUAG